AUGGCGUACAUCCUGUUCAUUUGACAACAUUCAGUUUUCUCUCUUGAAAAACAAAAUAUAAUGACAGUAGGGCGAUUUUAUAAUUAGCAAAGUCAGCUUAAUUUCAACCUUUGCGGUCUUUGCCGUAAACAUUACGCAUCAAGGGCUGGAGCAGAUCGUGCGCUAAUGGCUGCAGUAUUUGGCGAUUUGGUUGUGCUACUUUGAUUGUUGAUUUGAAGAGAACAUGGACAUGUAGCAGCGAGGCUUUUACAUACAAGUGUAAAGGAGCCUCUUAUCUUACAAGUGGAAGACGGGAUAGUCAUAGGACUGUCCUCUGCUGCACACGGGGGCCGUGACAAUGAGUUUCUUUAGUUUCGGACAGAGUGCUGAAAUUGAUGUUGUGUUAAAUGACGCUGAGACCAGAAAGAAAGCUGAACACAAGACUGAAGAUGGAAAGAAAGACAAAUACUUUCUUUUCUAUGACGGUGAAACUGUUGGAGGCAAGGUUAACGUGACACUGAAAACCCCGGGCAAGAGGCUGGAGCACCAAGGAAUAAAAAUCGAGUUUGUUGGUCAAAUAGAGCUGUACUACGACAGAGGAAAUCACCAUGAGUUUGUCUCUCUUGUCAAAGAUCUUGCUCGACCCGGUGAGAUCACUCAGUCCCAGACCUUUGACUUUGAGUUCACUCAUGUUGAAAAACCUUAUGAAUCAUACACUGGGCAGAAUGUAAAGUUAAGAUACUUUCUUCGGGCCACUGUGAUUAGAAGACUGAAUGACAUCAGUAAAGAAAUGGACAUUGUGGUGCACACACUGAGCACAUACCCUGAGCUGAACUCUUCCAUCAAGAUGGAAGUUGGCAUUGAAGACUGCUUGCACAUAGAGUUUGAAUACAACAAGUCCAAGUACCACCUAAAAGACGUAAUUGUGGGUAAAAUCUAUUUCUUGUUGGUGAGGAUCAAAAUAAAACAUAUGGAGAUUGACAUAAUCAAACGUGAGACCACAGGAACUGGCCCUAGUGUGUACCACGAAAAUGACACCAUUGCAAAGUAUGAAAUUAUGGAUGGUGCACCAGUCAGGGGUGAGUCCAUUCCAAUUCGAUUGUUUCUGGCUGGCUAUGACCUUACUCCCACCAUGAGGGACAUUAACAAAAAGUUCUCAGUGCGAUACUACCUGAACCUGGUUCUGAUAGAUGAAGAAGAAAGGCGAUACUUCAAACAGCAGGAGAUCACAUUAUGGAGAAAGGGUGAUGUGGUGAGGAAAAGCAUGUCUCACCAGGCAGCCAUAGCAUCUCAGAGGUUUGAGGGCUCAGCGGCCUCAGAGAGUGCACUGGAACAGGCUGCCAAAGAGGAGAGUGGGUAAACUGCACUGCCUAUGGCCUUGUUACAAACUCCUGCUUCUACAGAUGGCAGAGACAGACAGACUGAUAAUGUAUCUGGUGUAGCACCUAUUUUACUCACUGCUGAGGGAGGAACAAGGGAGAUUAACAUCCGCAAUGGAACAGAAGAGUUGCAUCUCAAAGCGGCUUCAUGCUGCUGCCAUGAUUUCAGAGACUUCUGGUCUUUCUCACACUGUGUAAAAAGUAUGUAAUUUACUAAGUUUCACAUGACCACGUUCUGUUUUGUCAUUGUCUUUCUCAUUUUCAAUUUCUUAGCUAAAUUUGUAAUUACUCAUUUUUAUGUUUCAUACAUUCCAAAUGUAAUUAAUUCCUAAUCAUUUAAGGUCUCAGGUGUAACCUGAAACCAUAAUGCACUGCUUUCAUCACCAAUGCAUUUGGAUGUGUGCACUGGAAAUUUUGAUGGGAGGAUUGAAAUGUAUUUUCAAUCCCUCCUAGUAUUAUCCUUCUCUUAUUUCUGUAAAUAUGUCCAGCCUACCUUUUCCUGUCCCAGUUUGUGAGAGAAUUAAGUACACAGAACGUCAGAAUCUCUCUCCAUGCUUUUCCUCAGCAUUCCAGUGGUGUUCAGAACGUGUUCUAAGGAAUUUGUACUAAAGCUGGAUAGUAAGAAGUCUUCUCUAACUUUACUAGAAACUUGAAGGUUGUGCCUAACAUUUAUCAAGCAAAUACGAUUCUCUUACCUUUUAUCAUUUCCAUAAUAAAUACUAUUAAUGAUUUAUUUCUUAUUUCAACUAAAGAUUUACUAAACUGAUGCCAAAUGAGAAACUUAAGACUCAUUGAUCUUUGUUAGAUAAAUUGUUGCUAAAUUGUGACAGUUUAAAUUUAAGUGAUUGUGUCAAACUCUUGUAAUUGUAUUUUUUGAUUAAGAGAAAGUUUAAUGUUUGGUCCACUAUCUUUUUAGUCCUAGUUUUGCAUACUCUUCGAUGGCUUCUCUAACCAGUAACACUUACUUUAGUUACAAAUUAAAUAAAAGAAAAAUGUGUGCACUCUUUA